CGCAGGCUUGGCCCCAAGGUCUGGAGACCUGGGCUGGAAGCCGAGCAGGCCUGGCUGUGGAGGAUGGAGGCUGGGGUGGCCGGCCGGGCUCGCCCUCCCCCUCCUGACCCCAGCCUCCAUCCCUGUCCACAGAGGCUGACUCAGCCCGUUCUUGCGCCCAGAAGCUUCCCUGUGCUAGACCCUGGGGGCCUUUGUCCGUAGUCAUGAGGCAUGAGGGGGUGGGGACACUGCUGAUAAAAGGCCCCAGAGGCGGCUCCCACUCGCCCCAAAGCUGCUGCCCUCAUGCAGCCCCGGAUGCAGCCGCUAGCCCAGGCCCUGCCCUUCUCCUUCCGGAGGGCCCUUCGAGACACUGGGCUCCGGGUGCCCGUCAUGAAGGUGGGCACGGGAUGGGAGGGCCUGCAGCAGACCCUGAAGGAAGUUGCUUACAUUCUCCUGUGUUGCUGGUGCAUCAAGGAGCUGCUGGACUGA